AUGAAAUCAGAAAUAAAAGAGUUUUAUAUUGUAAAUGAAUCAGGUAAUUUAAUUUAUAGUAAAACAAAUAAAAAUUUAAGCAAGAAUGAUGAAUGUAUCUUAGCAAGUUCAUUAACAUCAUUGUAUGAAAUAGCAAAAGAAGUACUUAACUCUAAUAAUAAUUCUUUAUUUAUUUGUAUGAAAGAAAACGAAAUAUCAAUUUAUAGAACUCUCACAAAUUUAACAUUUAUUUUCUUAGCUGAAGGGAGAGUUAGUGAGAAUUAUUUUGGUAAGAUUUAUAAGAAAUUUUCAAUGUGUGUCUUAUCUAAUCCUUUUUAUAACACUAACAUGACAUGUGAUGACUUUUAUUAA